AUGCCGUCGACCAGAGUCGUCUUUUUCAGGCACGCGCAGUCGGAGUUCAACGCUCGACACUCAAUACAAGGCCAACUGGACCCACCGCUUGACGAAACCGGACUCGAACAAGUUGCGCUCGCGGCGCCGAGAGCUGCCGCUGCGCACGACGACGCCGUCGCGGUGUUUAGCAGCGACCUCCGCCGCGCCAGCGUCACCGGGCGGGCGAUCGCAGACGCCCUGGACUUGGCGCUCAUCGAAGACGCGAACCUGAGAGAGCGUCACUUGGGAGACUUGCAAGGACUCGAGAGGGCUUCGCUCGCGACGUCGGUGCCUUCGGCAUUCAAGGUGUGGAAGUCGCGCGACCGCAACGCCGCCGUGCCCGGCGGCGGUGAGUCGAGCGCGGGAGUGGACGCGCGAUUGAGCGCGUUUUUCCAAACAGUAAGCACGGGAAACUACGCCGGAAAGAAGAUCAUCGCCGUGACGCACGGCGGCGUGCUCGGUCGGCUGUUCGCCGGCGGCGCCAACCGCGAGGAAAAGCGUCUGUGCCAGAUGCGACGCGGCGUCGGAAACUUCGCCGAGUGCGUCGUAGACGCUUAUGACGACGGGACGUGGAGGUGUCAUUACUCUGGAUGGGCGUCGGGGCGGUUUUUAGAGGAUUCUGAAGCGACGCUUCAGGCGGACGACGUCGCCUGAUGAUGAGCCAGAGCGGAGCCCCACGCGCGGCACUUCCCAGCGCGCGCUCACGAUCGCGCCAUCGACGCUCGUAGUCGAAUAACGAUGCACGCGUCGUUCGCGCGAACGAUGACGCCAGCGCAAGUCUCCGGGCGCACGACCGUCGCCGCCUCGCGCCGCGCGGCUUAUCCGUCCCGCUCGCGAUCCGUCAUUCGCGCCCAAGUCACGACCGACGCCCUCAUCGAACGCGCGAAAACGCUCACGGACGACUUGAAGGCGAUGAACACGAAGAUGCCGACCAUUCGUCGCGUGGUGGCGGGGAACCGGAACGAUCUCAAGGCGCUGCAGCUGUACCAAGACGCGCUUGAGGGUCGAGCACCGAGCGAAGACGACGAAGACGCCGUGCGAAAACUGGAGAAUACGCUCGAUGAUUUGGCGACGUACGUGCAAGCGAAGGCAGAAGAGGAACAGUUUUGGGAGGGGCGGAAAGACGUGGUGACGUCGAGCAUCGUGGACAACGCCAACUUGACGGAUGACGAAAAGCGCGAGGUCUCGGGCAUGGUGGCCAACUUCACCAUGAUGGGGGUGCAGGCGGGAGUUUGGAACGCGCUCAUCUUGCUCAUCGGAUUCGUCAGUCUCGUGACGUUCGUAUUGCCGAACAUU